AGGUCAAGUUGUGCAAAUUUGGUUUAGACAGGAAGUUAACUGCUGUGCGCCACUCGACUAUCAACUUAAAGUAACAUGUAGAUUUAAUUUUUGAAUUGAAAGUUAUUAUGUGAAGGUGAAAAUAAAAAGUGAUCAUUGUAAAAUGUUUGUAAUAUGGUUCACGUUACUCGUAUUCAUAGCCAAAGACUGCGCCUCGCAAGAUGAUGAAGGUCCCUAUCGAGGAAAGUUCAUAGGAAAGUUGAAUUCCUACCACCAUCAGGUAUCAGGUGAUGUGUAUGCAGUGGAUGACCUGACAGUGCUGCUGGUGAACUUCAACUAUGAUGGCACCGGGGAGGACACCUUCUUCUGGGCCGGGGACUCGGGCCGGCCCGGACCACAGGGCUUCAUAAUACCCGAUGAGCAUGGCAAGUCAGUGUCACUUUUCUGGAUUUAUUAAUCUAUUGGCAUUGAUGUAAUUACAAUCAAAAUAAGCUUGUGUCAUAUUUUCUAUUUAUCAUACAUAUGUCUGCAAUGGACCAUAAACUUUUUUAAAUGAUUUCACAAACGGGCCAGUACAUGUGACAUGUUGUGUGAGACGUGCAAGUGGCGGGGGCGCAGCAGUACUAGCCG